UGAAAAUGUAAUAGACUGUGUUUAUAAGGCAGGAAUCUGCAGUUUUCACUUCUGCAUUCUGAAGCUUCAGUUCCUUCAUUUGCCUCAAAUGUGGUACAUUCUGCCUUUUUUUGGAGACUUCAUCUUUGAGGGAAAAGAGGCAAGAAGGACAGCUUUCAUAUGCUGUGUAGUCACUCGCCAGGCUGAUCAUGGGUAGCUCCAGUAUGGUCUCCUGCUUGGGGUCAUGAAAGAAUGUGAGACCACCAGCAUCCUGAUGAUUAUCCUACUGAUCUGAGCAACAAACACGUGCGUUCCUGUCCUUCAUCAUCCCACCACAAAACAUCUGGAAACAGAGCAGCUGGUGCAAUGAACCUGUCACGGACUAAGCAGAAACUGUCAGCCAGGUCCAAGAGCAUGGUGAUGGGGGAGCUGUCCCGCUCUGGCCGGCCUUGCUCCCCAGGCCACCAGGAGAGGGCGCUUAAGGCUGGUUGGCUGAAGAAGCAGCGGAACAUCAUGAAGAACUGGCAGCUGCGCUGGUUCGUGUUGCGGGCUGACCAGCUCUACUUCUACAAGGAUGAGGAGGAGACAAAGCCACAGGGCUGCAUCCCCCUCCAUGGCAGUCAGGUGACUGAACUCUCAGGCAACCCUGAGGAACCUGGGCGCCAUCUUUUUGAAAUUGUUCCAGGCAAGGCGGGAGACUCGGACCGAGGGGCCCUUGGCCAUGAAGUUUUGCUGCUGAUGGCAAGCUCCCAUGCUGACAUGGAGGACUGGGUGAAAGCCAUUCGUCGCGUCAUCUGGGCCCCACUUGGUGGAGGCAUCUUUGGCCAGAGACUGGAGGACACGAUGCAGUAUGAACAACGGUUCGGCCCACGGGAGGUUCCACGACUGGUGGAGCAGUGUGUGGACUUCAUUCGAGAACGAGGUCUGCAGGAGGAGGGUUUGUUCCGUUUGCCAGGACAGGCCAACCUAGUGAAAGAGCUGCAGGACAUCUUUGACUGUGGAGACAAGCCUCUGUUCAACAGCAACACUGAUGUCCACACCGUGGCAUCCCUAGUAAAGCUAUACCUGCGGGAGCUGCCGGAACCUGUUGUACCCUUUGACAAGUACGAGAAUUUCCUCACCUGUGCUCAACUUCUGGCCAAAGACAAGGAGACAGGCAUACAGGAACUGUCGAGGCAAGUGAAGACCCUCCCACGGGCCAAUUUUAACCUGUUGAAAUACAUCUGCAAGUUCCUUGAUGAAGUUCAGUCCCUGUCAAGUGAAAACAAGAUGAGCGUGCAGAACCUUGCAACAGUGUUUGGACCCAACAUUCUUCGGCCUAAAAUCGAGGAUCCCGUGACCAUUAUGGAAGGCACCUCCCAGGUCCAGCACCUAAUGACAGUGCUCAUCAGCGAACACAAGCAGUUGUAUGCGGAGCCUGAUGCAGAACCUACUAGUGACACACAGGUUGCAAAAACCCAGAACCAGCGCAGCAUGGUGGGGUGGAUCUCUGAAGAAGACUGCUCCUCCACUGGGAGGAGCAUCCACCCUUCUGAGAAUUUGUGCAGCAGCGCCCCCUGCCUGGAUGCCAUUGCCAGUGUACCCUCCAAGCUGGCACCUCAGGAAAAGGCAGAGCCAGCAAUCAGCCCCAGCAAGCAGACCAAGUCCCUGCCUGGCUGGAAGUGUUCUUUCAAGGGUACUGGCAAGAUGGGCGGCUCUUCUGUGGACAUUCCCAGCAUGUCUACUGGCAGCUGGUUGAUGAAUGGGCUAUCAUCCCUGCGGGGCCACCGUCGCACAUCAUCCGGGGAGCGGGUGGGUGGAUCUGGGGGGUCAGGGGGACAGAACAGGCUGUCAACCUACGAUAAUGUGUCCCCCUGUAGCUUAAGUGUGCCCAGUGUAGCCAGCAAAGCCUGGUCUACCUUGCCCCCAGAGACCUCAGCACAGGAGAUCAGCGACACCAAGUUAACUAGCCUGAACUAUAGAAAGGAGGAGGGGCUUAAUGUCCAGAAUGGUGAGGAACCCCCAGAACUGGGGAACAGCAAUGGUGCUGUGGAUCACUGUGCCACCAGUGCCAGAGGCUGUGAGAUCAACUGCAUGACUGUUGCCGGGGUUGGUGACAGUGAUGGCAGCUCUGAGGCUCUUGCUACCCGGGUAACAGAGCUGAAGGAGGAGUUGCGGCAACAGAAAGUGGCCUAUGGAACCAGGGCCAAGAAGCUGGAGACUUCUGUGGCUGCGCUACAGGCCCAGGUGCAACGACUGCAGGAGGAGUUGGACCAAGAGCGGAAAAAACAGCGCAUGCUGGAGAUCAAGCUGCGCAACUCAGAGCGAGCUCACGAGGAUGCCGAGACCCGCAACCGCCUCCUGCAGAAGGAGAUGGAGGAGUUCUUCUCCACGCUGGGUGACCUAACCCUCAGCUCUGGAACUGGCAAGAUGUAAAACUUGAGAAAUUGGAACACAGGAGAAUUGUGGGCUGCACUUUUAAACACUCUCUGCUCGUGUAUCAUGAGUAUAAAUCAAUAUAUCGCUUCUUGCUGUUUUGUGACAGCAAUAUGAUGCUGUUUGCACCUAGUAACUUUCUACAAGUUUAAGAAUAUAUGGUGUGGCUAAUUUAAUGCUCUUUCUUUGUUGUCAUAAAGCAAUCAUGUAUGCACAACGACAA